GGGCGGGAGUGAUGACGGAGCGUGAUGGCGGCGGCUAACUGCUCCCUCCGUGUGGACAGGCGAUUGAUUGACGCCAACUUCGACAGUUACCGGCUGUCGCUGGAGCCGCUGCCCACCUACACCGUGGAGCUGGAUGGCGCUGUAGCCGAGGUGAAACUGCGAGAAGACCAGUAUACUUUGGACCAUAUGCGUGUUUUUGGCAUGUACAAUUACCUGCACUGUGAUAGGUGGUAUCAAGACAGCGUCUAUUAUGUUGAUCAACAUGAGAGAGUAAUGCACUUGGCUGUCACGUUGGAUACAGCAAUUAGCAAGCCCAGGGAGGUGUUCCGGCUCUCAGCAGAAAUUAAAUCAUGUGAUACCUUGGUCUGUGCUUCAAUGCAUUUUACAUCACCUACAUGGGCGGCCUUGUCAGAUGGAACAGGAAGGCUGUACCUUCUCAAAACAAACAAUCGUGGACCAAAUAACACUGACAAAUGGGAGAUAAUGUUCCAACAAGAACUGGGAGAACCCUUUGUGAUAAUUCAUAGUCAUUCAUUUCUAAAAGACAACACAAACAUAAUAGAUCUUGUUUUACUCAAGACAGAGAAAGAUGAAUCUAAUGGCAAGGGAAGUGGAUUUCUUUCAGCAAUUGAUUGGCUAACUAUUACUUGUGAAAAUAAUGAGAACAACAAAUAUGAAGUAUCACGGCACAGAACUCUGAUUGGAAGACAAGCUCCACACUAUGCUGCUGUAGAGCAGGACGGAGCUGGCCUGGUGAUAGCUGCUGACCAGCCUUUCAGGUUCAUGCAGAUUGAUGGGAAGCCUGUAGAGGAAAAGGAAGUGGAGAAAACGGACACGAGUGAAAAGAAAGAACCAGUGUAUUAUUGGCAACAGACAGAUGAAGACCUGACUGUAAUUAUUCAGCUACAAGAAAACACAAAGAAACAGAACGUCGAGUUCCAGUUGUCAGCGGAUCACUUGAAUGUUGGACUAAAAGAACGAGCCGUCUUCAUAGAAGGCCAGCUGUUCUCUUCAGUUGACCACAGUGAGAGCACUUGGACCAUUACGGAAAAUAGGUUAGAAAUUUUCAUGAUAAAGAAGAAUAAAGGAGUGAUGUGGCCAGAAGUUGUCAUUGGUGACAGAGGAGGUGAAUUCAUCGUGAAUCCUAGUCAAACGUCUGAACUGAAUGAACGUUUAUUAAACCUAACCUCUGAAGAACUGAAUGCAGACCCUGAAAGAGGCAAGCAACCCUGCAAUGCUCAGGAGCUGGAAGAAUGUGACCGCUUCCCCGAGGAUACCUCCAGUUUAACACGAUUUGAUAGCAACACCUUGAAAGCAACACAUGUGGUGAAUCUGAGCAGUCACCAGUACCUGUUCACGGCUGUGGUGAAUCCAGCCGAAAUGCCAUGCUUGUGUCUGCGCCAUGAUGUCGAUGCACUUCUGUGGCAGCCGCACACAAAACAAGAGGACAUGUGGAAGCACAUUGGGACAUUCAAUGCACUAGGAUAUGUCCAAGCAUCCAAGCGUGAGAAGAAGUUUGCCACUUGUGCUCCUGAUCACUCGUAUGCUGCUCUGUGUGAAUGCUUCCGACGGGUUUUCAUUUAUCGUCAGCCUUCACCUGUCCAAACCGUGCUGUACAACCGAAAGGAAGCCAGGCAUGUAGGGCAGGUUGCCAAGCAGCAGGUUGCAAACUUGGAAACCAAUGACCCAGUAUUGGGUUUUCAAGCUACAAAUGAGAGGCUAUUUGUUUUAACAACAAAAACUUUGUUUGUAAUUAAAGUAAAUGCUGAUGGCCCUCAGUAAAAUCAUUGCAAUAAUUCACAGGCUUUGGGACUCCAUGUAAAGCCAUUUGUUACAGUUCUAAUUUAGAUAAGCUUUCCAUAAUUACAAAACACAUGCUGUUAUCUGUUCCUAUAGCUCUGGUUAUCUGAAUUAUUACAGGCUUUAUUCCUUUCAGCAGAUCACUGCACAAAUGCAGCAGAUUGUGUUACUUAAAUUGCACAUCUUAGUGAUGCAUAAUUAAAAGUGGUUUCACACUUUGAAAUACAAGUAUGAAGUUUGAGUUUGUGCACCAAAAAUGCUAUGUGUGCAACCCUGCUGCCUCAGAAUAGAGAAUUCUCCCACCAAUAAUGUAUCUGUGGAGCCUGUACCUCUCUGAAGUAUGACAUAUGUUCUCUCAAGACCCAAAGAUUAGUCUAGCUACUGCCUGGAGCUGAAAAUCAAAAAAACAAACUGCAGAUGCUGGAAAUCUGAAAUAAAACCAGAAAAUGCUAGUGGGUCAGGCAGAAGCUAAUGAAAGAGAAACAGAAUUAACAAUGGAACUUUUGAAGAGGUAAUAUUGCACCUGUGCUUGCAAAUGUUGCCUGACUUGCUCAGUAUUCCCAGUAUUUCCUCACAACUGGUAUACAUCACAGAUCCAUGAUUUUGCAAAAACUGUGACCCUCUUGCCUAUUAAGGACAACGUCAGUGUGAAGCACCUUUUCACUACUUUUUAUAGCAAACAACAAUUAACUCAAAUUGGAUCAAUCAGCAGUACGCUUAUUUCACUUGGUGAAAGGGAAGACCAACACCACACAAGAGCUGGUGAUAGCUUUGGAGAAAAAAAGGACCAUAUAUUCACUCCUUUAUACCUAAACAUUAGCCUCAGUUCAAGGACAUCUGCGUAAUCAGUGUUCUUGGCAUUCUUCCAUUAACAUAUCUGCUUGUCUUUUUGCAGUUUGUCAUAUACUCAAGAUCCAUCGGCAUAAUGUUGCAUGAACACAAUUAGCAAAGUACUCUGGUACAGGAUAGGUUCCAUUUUGUUACUACAAGUAAAGUACAUUUCCACAUUCCCUCAUUUUUGUCAUUUCAUGACAAACCUAUGUUUCACCAAAUACAGUAAUUGAAAUAUGUAUAUACAUAUAUAUAACAAUGAUGUAGUUUCAAAGCUCUAGGUGUAAUUCUCUUUUUACCUGUCCAAUUCAGUGAAUACCCAUACCUGUCUUUAAUAUUCUCUCCUUCAUCAUGUUAUUUCACACAAAGCUCGUAAAAGAAUUAUCAGCCAUUAUAAUAAUACCAAUAGUUAUACCAUAAUACAGAAUAUUUGCCCACCAUCCUCCCGGCACUUUGAGUGGUCACUAUCCUCCUCUCUGAGUAUAAUAGCAUUCCUUCUGCAGUGCUACUGUACAAGCAGCCAUUAGUUCUGCUGAACACGUGGAAGUGAUCAAGGGCAAAUGUACUUUCAUUCGCUAACUUCUCCACAGCCUAAGUCAUAGUAAUCAGUUCCUGGGGUAAUCUCACAGUCCUACAUCCCAGAAAGGCCAUCAUUCAGAAUCUCUCUGCCUCUGUAAUGGAUCUUUGGUGCUGCUGGACCAGAGGAUGGUGAGGUAAUGAUGCCAACUGUGAUUUGUGGGGGACUAAUUAGGCAAGAUAACCAGCAGCCAUUCCAGGGCCUUGGCCCUCCACUUCCUCUCCUACUCGGGAAACAUGCCCGGCAACCACAUACCCAAUAAGUUCUAUUCAGCAGACAGAGAGUAGUGAGAUUUGUCAAUUCCAUGCAUGUACCUUUACUGCUGCCCAGAUAGAGGCCCUUGCCCUUUCAAGUGCAUUGACGGGUUAUCUGAUCAAUGCCCUUUGCCACUGUACUGGACAGUUUCAUGUGGGGAAUCUGGUCCCCAUACUUAUUCUGGCUAUGGCAAUCAUGCUUAAAUUGGAGAACAUGCCAUCUAUUAAAGCACUCAUAAUGGCAAUCCGUGUCUGUCCUGUAACUGUUCAGGAUUUUCAGUUCAGUUCACCAAGACAUCUGUUAGUUCCAGCAUCGCCAGUAUGAGCAGUGUGGUGUUGAGGGUUCUCGUUUUUAUUGGCUCGGAAGUCUUUUUACAGUGCGAAAUGUGUAUCCAUGAUGGUUUCCCUCUUACCUUGAUAGCUAUAUUAGUCACCACCAGUACCUGGAAUGGUCCUUGAAACCAAGGUUUCAAACAAUUCUUCCUCUUAAAUGUCCAGACAACCACGUAAUAUCCAGGCUGUACGUCGUGACACUUUGUGUCAGCCAUAGUUGUUGUGCUUCCUUCACCUAUUGAUACUUGGUGAUACUUUUUAUCAAGAAUGCACAUUAGGCCAACAUACUUUCAUCCAGGUUAUGUAUGUCAGUUUUCUUAACUCCUCGUGGUGCAUCAAACAUCAGGCACAAUGGCUAUCCCAUUAGGAUUUUGUGGGGGAACAAUUGGCUGUGGCCCUAAUGGUCAUAAAAACCAAAGGUAAUAUCUGGUUCCAUCUUAAUAAAGUUUCCUCAUUUUACCAAGCUUGUUUUUAAUCAUUCCAUUCAUUUAUUAAGGUUGCCAACUGAGGAUGGUAGCUACAAUGGAAAUGUUGGUCAAUCUAUAAGGCCUUACAUACUACUUCUAUUGCUUUCCCAGUAAAGUGUGUACCAUUGUUGACAGACAGUGUCCAAGGGAUCCCAGAUCUCGCUGAUUUCCUUCAAUAAAUAUUUAGCUACUGUAAUUGCAUUAUUCUUUCUACAAGGAAAUGCUUCAACCCAUCAUGGAAAAAAAUAUCAAUAAUGAGCAAUACAUAUUUAUAUCCUUCACACGGAGGUAUUUCUACAAAAUCUAUCGGUAAAUACCAGAAUGGUCUAUCGGGGUGGAAUAAGAUCUGUCCACCUUCAUUAGUUUCCUUGGAUUUUAUAAAAUACAUAUCAUGCAUUGUUUACAAACUUGAUUUACAGUUUUCAAUAAACCAGGGGCAUACCAUG